CACAGCAGGUGGCGGUAAUGAAACUUCUGUCAAGCCGCUCAGUGGACGAACGAGGAACAGAGCAUGCGCACACUUCGUUGUUUUGUGCUGUUCGGUAGCAAGAGAGUACAUGUGGAAUUCUGUUCGGACAGGACAGAACAACGACUUUCAUUCUGCGAAAAUGGCUAAAAUAUCGUUGCUGAGAGUGCUUCUCAACGAACGAUUAACAGCAGUUGCUGAUGAGAUAUUUGGGGCUGUUGAAAAAACGGUGGCAGAGUACCAGGAAGAAAUCUAUCGUUCUAAGGAGGAGAACGAGAAGCUACGGAGGCUGCUUGAUAUCGUUCUUAAACCAGAUAUAAAGUUGCAUAGAUCGGACCUACAGCAGCUCACUGUCUCUGAAAAGGUUCCCCCUGAGCAGCAGCACUGUGAACAGGAGUUGAGCCCCAGUCUGAGGCAGGAGGACCCAGAGGCCACACAGAUUAAUGAGCAGGAGCUCAGGACCAGUCACGGGAGAGAGCAGCUUCAUGCUCUGGAGUCAAAAGACCCUAAUGUUAUAUUCACAAUUGCUUGUGUCAAAAGCUUGUGCCAGAAUCCGGUCUCAACUGAGCCUUCACAUAUUUACCAAACCCAAAGUGUGGAAUAUGAACAGGGACCCUCUCUACCAAGCACUUCAACGGAACAGAUCAAAACAGAACCUGAUGGAGAGGGCUACAUGUCAUUAGAACCAACCAGUGAACCUCAGCCCCUCUCUGCAUUUCAUCACUAUUCUGCAGUUCAGCGUGAAAACAGAAUACUCCUCAGUGUGGCAAGUGGAGAGCUUCCAUCAGGGUCAAAGCCAUCGGAAUCAAAGAGAGCACGGGAUCGAGGCCCCGCUGCUGCCACAGCAAGCCAGUCCCUGGACCCUACUCUUUCCUCACCACCUUUCCACGGCCCAGCUGUGCCUCGUUCCAUUGCAUGGCGCCAAAAGAGGAAGGGGGAGGAAUAUGCACACGCCCAGCAGCAGGGCGCUCUUUACCCAAAACGCUCAAACGUAUACCGCUCGAAGGUACAUCCUGACAUUUCCAUUCCUCAUCUGACACCAGAAUAUGAUGAACUGCUCACCAACCGCAGCGGGGGCCGUCCGGACCGCUAUGCUGUUUUGCUAUUCCGUGCAUGCGUAAGCGAAGAGAGAUACCGCGAGUGGGAACAGAAUACCAACUGGGAUGGAUCACGAGGAAAAUUUGGCUUGCCAGUGAACCUCCGAAUGUUCAUCAGGACCACUGUGUCUCAAAAGUUUCCUUCCAUGAGUGAUGUAACCCGAAAAAACAUAAAAGACAGAGUAAAUGAGUACUUGAGGUCACCGAGGAAGUCUGGACAUGGACUGCUCUCGCUUAUCUAAGGAAUUAGGCAUAUUUCAGACCGUUCUCAUAAUCACUUCCUUUCCUAGCUGAGGUGAUUACAAACAGCUGCCUACAUUAUGUACAGAAAAUCUCAUUGUCCUGUUUGCCACACUGUACAGUACCUUAAUGCGAAUCUGCAUUUUGAAAUGGAAAAAAAAAUAAUGAAUUUGAAUAUUUUCUUAAUAAAAACACAAAGAUGUUGAUGAAAAAGUAC